UCCAUCUUCUGAGUUCUGCCCAAAAGAAAACCUUUCUAUCUGAAUCAAUACUUAUCUUCUGUCCAAAAAAAAAAAAAAAAAAAAAAACCUCAUCUGAACCUUUCAGCGCCAUGUUUUUGUCAUCUAAUGCAAGUUCCUCGCUGGACAUUAGACAGCAUUUUUCUUUGAAUUUCAAAAUUUUCCCCGUUUCCACAUUUUUUCUGAUAUUCAUUCCUCUUUUAAACAUUUGAUUCUUCAACAGCUUUGCUUCGGCAUUUUUCACUACAUGGAAAGCAUCAAGAUUGUGAGCUGUGUUUCAGCCUUUUCUUUUGCUAAGUGGCAUUUUUAGAUUUUUCCCCUUUUUCUCUGCUUUUGAAGUCUUUUUCUUUUCCAAAUGGGCAUUUUUAGAUUUCCCUUUUAAACCCCUUUUUUUCCUCCCUAUUUUUUUGUGUUUCUUUUUUCAUUUCCUUCUCCCUCUCUGUUCUCACUCUGUACAGGGAAAAUGGGCAGAGCAACAAGGUGGUUGAAGGGGUUAUUUGGGAUAAAAAACAAAGAAACUUCCAAUUCCGGCCACCGUCGCGACAGAAAACAGUGUAAUACCAGCAACUCAGGAAGAGACUCAGCCGGGUUGUGUCACAACCCCACCACAAUCCCACCCAACAUUUCCACUGCAGAGGCUGACUGGCUGAGGUCGUACUACAAUGAAACAGAGAAAGAACAGAGCAAGCACGCAAUUGCGGUGGCAGCAGCUACUGCAGCCGCCGCUGACGCGGCAGUUGCAGCCGCACAGGCGGCCGUGGCGGUGGUGAGACUGACGAGCCACGGUAGAGGCACCAUGUUUGGCGGGGGACGCGAGCGGUGUGCUGCCGUCAAGAUUCAAACGGUUUUCAGAGGUUACUUGGCUAGAAAAGCACUUCGAGCUCUAAAAGGACUUGUGAAGUUACAAGCAGUUGUUCGAGGAUAUUUGGUCCGAAAACAAGCAACAGCUACUCUCCACGGUAUGCAGGCCCUGAUAAGAGCACAAGCAACAGUUCGGUCGCAGAGGAAUUGUUCCCUGAAUGAAAUCCGAACACGUAAAUCCAUGGAGAGGUUUGAUGAUACGAGAAGCGACCACACAGUUUCUAUUCAUAGCAGAAGAUUAUCGGCUUCUUUCGACAAUCCCAUGUGUAAUUUUGAUGAAAAUCCCAAAAUCGUGGAGGUUGAUACUGGCCGGCCAAAAUCAAGGUCUCGCCGGACGAACACCUCGGUUUCAGAUUUCUCCGAUGACCCACCUUACCAGACAUUCUCUUCACCGGUUCCCUAUCAGGUCCCGGGACGAUUGACCAUACCCGACGGCCGUUUUUUUACAGGCCCAGAAUGGGGAUUAACCAGAGAUGAAUGCAGGUUCUCCACCGCGCAUAGCACUCCUCGGUUCGUCAAUUCCUGCGGGUCGAAUGCUCCAGUAACGCCUGCAAAGAGCGUGUGUGGGGACAAUUUCUUCAGGCAGUACGUCAAUUUUCCUAAUUACAUGGCCAACACUCAAUCUUUCAAGGCGAAACUGAGGUCACAGAGUGCCCCGAAGCAGAGGCCGGAACCGGUGGAUCCAAAGAAACGCCUUUCCCUGAACGAGAUGAUGGAGUCUAGGAGUAGUUUAAGCGGGGUUAGGAUGCAGAGGUCAUGCUCCCAAGUUCAAGAUGCGAUUAAUUUCAAGAAUGCAGUGAUGGGGAAACUUACUCGGUCUGCGGAAUUGGGGAGGGAGCCGGAGAGAAACUGGGUGCAUAGGCAGUGGUGAUUCUUGGCUUCCUAGUAUGAGCAAGAAAAGAAAGAUUGGUGAGGGAAGUUGAUAGAAUUUGUGUAGAAUUUUACAUUAUCUAAUCGGAAUUCAAAAGCAUCUGUGUUUAAGCUUUUGCUAAUGAAAAUGAAAUGCAAUUCUAGUA